UACGAGUUGCUAAUUACACAAAUUUUAGACCGAAUUUUCUCAUUGGAAGUCUGCACGGUGGUCGCGUCGGUACCUGUUCAAAAGGUAAUCAGGCUGUUGUGACGAACUGUCAUUCCCGUGUUGAAGAGGACAAAGGCCUAUCAUGACGUCAGUGAACAGUGAUCAAAAGAAACAGCUGACCAUACAAAAUGUUUGCAAGGCUUUGAGGUACGCUUAUGAAAACAACAAUGACAGGACAAAGCGGAGUGCCAUGAAUUUCUUCUAUGCCCACUCCCAUCUUCUGCCGCAGGCACGGGAUUUCAUGAAAGGCUUCAUCAAGCUGCCGCGUGAGUGUGUUCUGGAACUGAUCGUCACCAACAAGAUCAACCUCUCCCAAGAGGAAAUAUACGAUGUGGUUAUCCAGUGGUCCGAAUGUCAGUGUGCACUUACGUCCAAAGAUCCAACUCCUGAAAAUAAGAGGCUGAUUCUUGGCAAUAUUCUGAAGAAAAUCAAAUACAUAAAUAUGUCUGUAGAAUUCUUUAAUAACCAAGUGGCAGCUCAGAGAGUGUUGAGUGUAGAUGACAUCAUAGAGGUGUAUCAGCAAUUGGUCACGAGAAAUGCACGCUCGCCGGCUGGGCAGUCAAACAAUAUCAUUAUUCCGUCAUCCAGUGAUUCAGAUGAUUCAGACAAUGAAUUGACAGCCCCAACAGAUGCCUUUGCAGGGCUGUUAGAGGACGAUACCUCUAGAACAGUACCACUGCCAUUCUGGUUCAAAGCCCCAAGAGAUAAGUCAGUUCUGUAUCGAUUUAAUGCAACUUUAGCAGGGAAAUCAUACCCCAAAAACUGCCCCGAUUCUGUGACAUUUAGUGUGUCAAAAAACAUCAGUUUGCAUGGUGUUUACAUUUAUGGCAGCCAUCAAAAACCAGUUCAAUUUUCAGUCACCUUCAAGAUAUUAGAAAAUGGACAACGUGAGGCAUAUUCUGUGUCUAAUCAGCCUGUAUUAACAAAUGGAGAUUCUCGGGUAUUUUUACUGGAUAUGAAUCCUCCAUUGGACAUCCGAGCUGGAAGGAGGUAUGAUAUGAUCUUGGAUAUUGACAUAAAAGGAGUGACCUUUUUUGGAGUGGAUGGUUUCCCAGAACUACAGGAGGACGGCGUCAAAUUCAAGUUCUUGCCAAAUGACCUUGGACUUAAUGGUACGAAUCACGAUGUUGGACAGUUUCCAUUUCUCCUCUACUGUGUACAACAGACUUGAAAUUCAGCCUACAUCAUCUAUUUUGAAAUUCAUAUUUUCUUUAAUGCGGGUCUGACAGGUCAAUGUUUGCUUUACUGUAAAUUAUGUAUUCUUUAUAGGAUUUAUGAGAUUGCAUGAUCAUAUUAAUUAUAGUCACAUUUUCAUCAACCACAACAGUGUUUACAAACUAAUGAAAGUUUGCAAUUCUAAGUCUCUUAUUUUUAUGUGUAAUGAAGCACAAGUUGCAUAUUUAAUGAAAUGUGGUUCCAUACUGUGUCACAACAUUUAUGACAGUAAGCUGAAAAUGUCGAAAUGCUUAACUGCAUACGAGGGCUGUUCGAUGUGUAAUGUGUAUUGUACCACAGUGCGAUCAUGCUCUGCAUGAUUUCGUUGAUGAUGAUAGCCUACUCUUGAAUAACUCUAUUCAAUACCUUUCCAACGGUAUAAACAUGAGUCUUCAGCUCCACAUAGUUUUAAACUUAUAGUCAUUUCAAUAGAGCCAGUCGUUGUAAAAAUGGUUGGGAAACAGGUUGAGAAUAUUGAAGAAAUUAGAGCUUAUACAAAAGUUCGCACAAAUCUCGGUCAUUCGGUAAUGCAAAUUUUUACUGAAUUGGAGGAAAUUUAUGGGUUUGAUAAGGUAUCUUACGAGACAGUUCGUAGGCGGAGAAAGCAAUUUCUGACUGGCACAGAGUCUGUCAAAGAUGCAGCAAAAUUAGGCUGACCUGUGACUGCAACAGACAACACAAAUGUCUCAAAAGUCAGGGAAAUAAUUGAAAACGAUGGCAGAUACAUGAUUUGUGAUAUUGCCAAAGUUGUUGGCAUAUCGCUAUAGCGGGUGCAUUUAAUUUUGAAAGUACGAAAGAUUUAUGCCAGAUGGAUACUGCAUGUAUUGACAGAUGACCAAAAAUGAGUACAAACCGCUAGGCAAUUGCUCAAAAUGCUUCCCAAAUUCAAUCAAGAAAGACAAUUUGCAAACAUUAAAAUUGUUACUGGUGACGAAACAUGGGUUCACUAUUUCGAACUAGUAAGAAAACUUGGAAACAAAAUAUGGCGAACUAAACAUGGUAGAAGGCCUGUAGUUGCCAAAAGAACCAUAAGAACAAAGAAGGUUCAGAAUCUUUAUUGCAUAUUCUUCUCAUGUGAUGGUAUAGCUGUACAAAUUCCGGUGCCAAAGGGCAAAAGUGUUACAGGUCAGUAUUACCGAGAUGAUAUACUGUAAAAGCUCAAGAAAUAUUAACAUAAACGACACCCUGUGUCAAGAUUUAGGCUUGUUCGUCUACUUCAUGAUAAUGCUCCAUCACAUACAUCAGAGCUUGUGAAGCAAUUUUUAAAGUCGGAGAAGGUUACCGUCUUGCCACACCCACCAUACUCUCCCGAUCUAGCCCCUCGCGACUUUUUCCUUUUUCCAAAACUUAAAAAAGUUCUUAUCUGGUCGUCGUUACAAGUCCCAACAAGCAUCAGUCAGUGCCUCAGAAGUCUACCUAAAUCAGCGUACCGUGACGCAUUUCAGAAAUGCAUUCAGAGAUUGAAAUUAUGUAUUUUAAACUGCGGAGAAUACUUUGAAGGAAUGUAAUGUUCAUUUCACUAUUUGAGUUCAAUGCUUUUGAGAUAUCGUACAAUACACAUUACAUAUCGAACAGCCUUCAUAAACAUGAUAAACGUAGGUCUCCUGUGAUUUACCACAGGCUAAGUGUAUAAAUGUUGGUCAUGGCAAGGGAACUGUUUAUUUGGAAGAUUUCUCUGCAUCUUUUACUGUUAUACAAUAAUGAUUUUUCACAAAUAAAAAUAACCUGUGCAAACCGAUAA